AUGUCUACGUGUUCUUAUGUGAUAGUUGGUGGCGGUGUCGCCGCAGUGUCUUGCGCUGAAGAAUUGCGUGCUGUGGAUGACAGGGCUAGGAUUAUCGUCGUUUCGAAUAGUCACCUUAUUGGUCAAUUGACGGAAGUAUUACAUAUUUCUGAAAAGUCAGUGGUAGAUGCAUUUAGCGGUGUCGAUGUUACGUUUGUUAAAGGAACUGUUAUCCAGUGGAACUGGAAAAGCAAAGAACUUGUACUGGAUAAGAAUCGGAAAAUUACAUAUCAUAAACUUUGUAUAGCAACUGGAGGUCGACCAAAAGUUAACUUUCAACAUCAUCUUUCUAUUUCAAUUCGUGAUAUGGAAACUGUGGAUCAUUUAAGAACACGAAUAAAGGAUGCAAGACGUGUUCUUGUGAUCGGAAAUGGUGGGAUCGCCACAGAAAUUGUGUAUGAACUUCAAAAUAUCGAAAUUGUUUGGGCUAUACGACAUUCUUCAAUUUCGGCAACAUUUUUCGAUGAAGGUGCUGCGGAAUUUUUCAAGCCGCUGCUUGUUGAUGGUUCUAAAAAAGUGAGGAUAAAUAAAGGACCAACGAAAAGGUAUCGACUGACUAUGAGCAGUGACCAAGAAAGCGAUGUUAUGGGUUGCGCUCUCGGUCCUGAAUGGGCAUCGGGAAUAGACAUUUCUGGAGCUCUCAAUGCUCGGCGUGUACAUGUUAUUUAUGAUGUAGAAUUAAAAGGACUAGCUUGUGAAGAUUCUGUAGGUUGUUUCAUUCCUCAUAAGAACGGGAUUGAUUUUUCAAUUGGUGUCUGGCCAUUGUAUGCAGAGCUAACUAAUGGACAAGUAAUUGGAUGCGACUUCAUAAUUGAAGCUACUGGAGUACAACCAAAUUCAUUUCUUUGGGCUCGUGACUGUCAAAUGGUAAUAUUACUGCUCACUAACAAAAUAUUUAAGUUGAAUUUGGCAAAAGAUGGAGGAAUAUUAGUAAAUGAACGCAUGUUGUCGUCAGUUCCAGAUGUGUACGCAUGUGGCGACGUCUGCACAGCUGGUUGGGAGUGGGCUAAGCACUGGAUGCAAAUGAGAUUGUGGACACAAGCGCGCCAGAUGGGUGCUUACUGCGGUCGUUCAAUGGUUCUUGGAAAUUUAAUUUCACUUGAUUUUUGUUUUGAAAUGUUUACUCACGUAACAACUUUCUUCGGAUACAAGGUAAUCUUUCUCGGCCGAUUCAAUGGUGAAGGAGUAAAAAAGGAAUGGCAUAUUUUAUUACGUGUUACAAAAGAUGUGGAGUACGUAAAACUUAUUGUUGAAAAUGGACGUAUACAAGGUGCGAUACUCAUUGGAGAAACGAAUUUGGAAGAAACAAUUGAGAAUCUCAUUUUAAAUCAAAUUGAUAUCAGCCAAGUGGAAGAGGGUCUUUUGGAUCCGAAUAUUGAAAUUGAUGACUAUUUUGACUAG